AUGCAAGGGAAGGGGUAAUUUGUGCUAUCUUCAUGAGUCAGUGGGCAAGCCACAGAUGACUCAGAGGAUGUCUGUGUGGAAAUAAAUGCUGUUGCUGGGAGGAAGUGUUUCUGAAGGAGAGGAAUGGGAGCUUUGUGUGUCUCAGAACAGAACCUGAGCUUACCAGGUCCUGUCAGUCAUAGAUACUGCAAUGGAACUGCCAUAAAUGCACUGAAGGGGAGGGGAGAUGUUCAGAAGGGACCUGGAAGAUCUCUCUUUCAAGCAGCGUGUCUCCCAAGCACAGCAUCCCAGGGGAGCUCUGGCAGGCACAGGAGAAAGAAGAGGGUUUACAGUGCUCCACCAGGGAAAAGGGCUUUUGUCUUUGUUGAUGACCUAAACACGCCUGCCAAGGAGAAAUAUGGUGCCCAGCCUCCCAUUGAACUGCUGCAGCAAUGGAUUGACCAUGGCUACUGGUUUGACAAGUGCAAUAAAUAUUAA